CAAGAAGCCCGAAGUUUUUUAUAGCGUUUAAUAAGCGGACUAAGUGCGCAUGUGCGAGAGUUUCCGGCUCUGGGGCUCCGUCGACGCAUCAGACUUGUUGUUGUGACCUGGCGGACGGCCGAGGACUCACCUGGCGGACAGGUGCGACCAGAACCAGGAAUAAUAAAUACUCGUCACGUCAUCAGCAGGUCAAAGGUCGUCUCCUCCUCCAGCAGUGAUGGCGCUGAUCUCUCUGGAAGACCUCGACGGACUGGAUGACGAGCAGCUGGACGAUGACAUCGCCGACAACCCAGAGCCAAUGGAUGAAGAGGACCAACUGCUGGCACACUGGCAGGCGGUCGCCAGUACCCACCAGGUGUCAGUUCCGCCAGAAAUGACUGGACCCAUACAGGAAAUGACCCGCAACAACCAGCAGAGGGAGCCCCUCCCCUUCGCUCCAGUAUCCUGCCAUGAGAAGAUGGGGGAGGUGCUGUAUGAGGAGCGGGUGUAUCCAGCAGGAAACUGGGCCUGUGUGACCAGAGGAGAAGAUCUGUAUGAACAGAGCAUCUCGAUGGGCUUCAUGAAACUGAUGCGCUUCAUCUGUAAAGAGAACUCUGCAGGCAGAUACCUGGGGAUGACGGUGCCGGUGGUCAGUAACAUCCACAUGAUGGAGGACGGAAACACGUUUCGGAAAGACGUCCAGACGGCGUUCUUCCUGCCCGCUGAGUUUCAGACCAACCCCCCUCAACCCUUAGACCAUGACAUCACCAUCGUCCACAGAGAGCCAAUCAGAGUCGUCGCCAGGACAUUCUUUGGGACGACCACGGAGGAGACGGUGACCCGUCAGAUCGGCCUGCUGUGGGAGAUUCUCGGCGUCACCGACGAACUCCUCAGAGACGACUACAUGGUCGCCGUGUACGAGAACCCUGGCGUACCCCGCCGCAGGAACGAGAUCUGGUUCAUCAGACGCAACCUGUAGACGCCUUCCCAUCAUCCUCUGCUCCAUCAGCUCCUCCUCCUCUGAUUGGCUGGUUUGUGGUUUGCUCAGUGACACACUUCCUAUAGCUGAGAUUAAUCUGACCAAUCAGAGCAGGUUUAUGUAUAUGACGUCCCAUUGGUUCACAAAUGAUCCCGUCUCACAUCAACAGGAAAUACAUCACUUUAUUUUGUCAAGCUUCCGUCCUGAUUGGCUGUGAUCUGACCAAUCAGAUCUUCUCUGUAAACCUGAGGGUGAUGAUGUCAGAGCUCAGCAGUCUUCAGGUACGGGUCACACGUUUCUGAUGCAGGUAAUCAAUAAAUAGUGAUCAUGUGGUAAAUAUAGUAAAUGAUCUGAUAACUUCUCCAUUUCCAAACGGUCAGGCAGUGUUUCUAUUGGCCGCCCGCUGACCUCUGACCUGCGACUCAAACAGGAAACAGACACGAGUUCAUCUUUUCAGGCUUCAGGUGAAGUGAAAGGCCCGAUCCCGAUCGCCACGCUGACGGACUGCGAGGACUCUCGCACUAACCAGGUGAUGUCACCUGAGUCUGAGGGUUCGGGUGGAGGUUGGGAUUGGGCCCACGAGAGGCGGAGCGUAAUGGAAACGUCACAUCUGGGCUGAUCCCAGAUCUGUUUGUUUCAAUGGAGACAAACUGUGUCUCGGCUCGCUUUAUUAGGAACACCUGUACAGUCAACAUCACCUGUGUGUGUGUGUUUACUGAGCUCACAGGUGAAGCUGCUGUUGCUUCUAAUGUUCACACGAGGUGGUCACAAUAUUAGGAACCCCUCUGAAUAUAAUGCGGUCCAGAACAACACCGCCGCUAACUGUGAGCUCAGAGGACUAAUGAGCUCCUCGACGACAGUCACCACCUGAACGCUACAGGUGGAUCAGACUGUACAGGUGUUCCUAAUAAACGUCUGUGUGAACAAACGUUAAAGCAACAAUUCAGCAUGUAGUGAAAUCCUCUUCCUGUCAGGGUCAGAGGUUCAGCCUGAUGCCUCACGUCUGUACGCUAAACAUGAAGCUACAGCUAGCAGCCGGUUAGCUUAGCAUAAAGACUGGCAAUGGGGGGAAACAGCUAGCCCGGCUACAGAAUCCACUGGUUUGUUUCAUCUGUACAAAAACUGAAGCGUAAAAACGACAUUAGCGGCUGUCGUAGUGAGCAGCUAAUGCCUGGACCUGGACCUGGACCUGGUCUGGAGACCUGAUCAAAUUCAGCUGCUGCAGUUUGAGGACAGACUGUUGUUAGUUUUUAUAGAUGGUUUUGUUUGAAGGUUUUUAAAGGUUUCAGGGUAAAAUAAUGAAGCUGAAGGUUUUGAUUGACAGGUGACUCCCUCGGUCUCCUCCAGGUGUUUGAAUAUCAUCAGCAUGUUAAACUGACUUUAACACAGUGACGUGGUUUAAUCCUGCAGCUCUCGUCCUGUUUUCUGUGAUUUGAUGUGAAAUCCUAAAAAGGCUUAGUGAUUUUUGGUGCCUGUUUAAAGUAAAAACACUUGCUGUUCAUGUUCACUGUAAAGCUGGUUGUUUUGUUUCCUUCUGUUCCUACAUUUGUGUAUAAAACAUUAAAAUAAAAUCUGA